GCCUCUCUCGCUCUCUUCCCGUUGCCGCCGCCAGAAGCCCCGCCGUAGUGUCACUGCACGCGGGCCCGGGCGCCCGUCAGGCCCACGCGUCGGUCACCGAGGAUCUCAAUCGUCCGCGGCCCCUCCGCACCAGCCGCCGUCAGGGAUGACCUGGGCGCCUCCGGUCAGUUUGUCCCCUCCCUCGCCGCCUCCGGCCAGCAAUCCCAUCCCAUCGAAUCGACGAGCGAGCACUGGGCAACCAAGGAAGCAGCAUCAGCUAGUAAGCAGCGGGGAACAGUAAUAGCAGCUAGUAGGCUAAGGAGGCGGAGACCGGGAAGGGGUCUUGCGCCACCGGCUAGCUGGAGGUUGGAGCUGCCAUGGAGCACGACGGGGUCACGGAGCGUCUCCUCAACAGGACUGUGCUCAUCACGGGCGCCACGGGGUUCAUAGCGAAACUUCUUGUGGAGAAGAUCCUGCGGCUGCAGCCUCGGGUGAAGAGGCUGUACCUCCUGGUGCGCGCAGGUGAUCAGGUCUCCGCGGAAAAGCGAGUCGAGUCCGAGAUUCUGCAACUUCAGAUAUUUGAAUCUUUGCAAGAGAAGUACGAAACAAAUUUCAGUUCAUGGUUCUGGGCCAAGGUUUCCCCUGUGGUGGGAGACGUCUCACUCAAGAAUUUGGGUAUAGGAAACGCUGAUCUUGCUGAAGAUAUGGUGAAAGAAACGAAUAUCAUCAUCCAUAUGGCAGCGACAGUUAACUUCAGAGAAAGAUAUGACACAGCUUUGGCGAUAAACACCAUGGGUGUGAAGCAUGUCAUCGAAUUUGCGUCAAGAUGCGCAAAGCUAGAGCUUGUUCUUCUUGCGUCAACUGGUGAGAUGAGACCUGAAGUUGUGGCAGCUUAUUUCUUUCCAAUGAAAAGGAUUUCUUGUCAAAUAACAAGACUCUUUGACUGUUUCCAAAUUUCAGCAAUUGUCAAUCUGGACAAAGCAGGGAUCAUGCUAGAGAAGCCACUUCACCAGUACAGGAGCAAUGAUGGCCGAUUAGAUUUAGACAUUUCAGAAGAAACAGCAUUUGCAGAGGCGAAGCUGAAGGAGCUAGUUUGCAGCAAUGCUUCAGAAGAUACUAUAAGACGUACCAUGAAGAAGAUUGGCACACAAAGGGCUCUGAAAUUUGGAUGGCCAAAUGCAUAUGUGUUUACGAAGGCAAUGGGUGAGAUGCUAGCCUAUGAACAUAGAUCACGGCUCCCAAUUGUCAUAAUCCGCCCAACAGCCACAAUAAGCACGUGGAAGGAACCUUUUCCUGGAUGGAUCGAAGGAGUCAACACUAUCGACACAUGGGUGACUAACUGUGGCAAGGGGCAUAUGAAGUUUUUGGUUGGAGAUGUCGCAACCGCCAUAGACAUUGUACCUGCAGACAUCGUGGUCAAUGCAAUGCUUUGCAUUGUCAGUUGCCACCCACAAGGACCAUCGGACAUGAUCUACCAUAUUGGUUCUUCAAUGCGUAAUCCGCUCAAGAUCAGUGAGCUUAUACAUCUAAUAUGCAGGUACUUCUCAGAGAAACCAUACAUCAAUGCAGAAGGAGAUUUAGUCAAGGUGAAGCAGCCGAAUGUGCAAUCAGCAAUGUCUAGCUUCUACGAGCUCAUGGACAUACACUACAAGGUUCCUCUGCAGAAUAUGUUACGCAGUGGGUUAUCUACCGCCAUCGACCACGACAGAUACAACCAGCUCAAGAGAGAGUACAAUGUAACAGUGGCUGUUGCAGAGGCAUACUGGCCAGUGACAUUGUUCAAAGGGAGGUUUGAUGACUCCAACAUGCAGAGGCUUAUUGCGAUGAUGAAUGAAAGAGACAGAGAGCUGAUCCCCUGUGAUGCCAAGUUCAUCAAUUGGGAGAAGUACCUUAUGGAAACUCACAUCCCCGGUGUCAUGGACUAUGAAUCCAGGGAAGCCGCAAGGGCUAGGCUUUAGAAGACUACAGAUUCAGAAGAUAAGCAUCACUGUUGAUGGAAACUAAAGUAUAUUCAAGGCAUGCCACAAAGCAUCUCCCGUGUGAUCAAUGAUUACGGGAGAUGAUAUUCCGGAAGAUCCUCCAUGGCAUAUUGAAAGGAGAAAGACCAAAAUGGUACAGCAGGGGGUGACUACUUAAAUACUCGAAUCCGUUAUUCAUGGACAAUGCCGCUGUAUAAAAGCUCCCUCGUUUCUGUACGCGUGCAUGAAGAGGUGUUGGAUGGAAGCUGGCAUUGAUCAAGCUCGCACAUGGCAUGCACUCUGCGAAAAGUUUGAUUGUGUUGAUGAGUUGUGUUGGUUGAUCUCUUGGACCAGAUGAAUGAAUACUCCAUAUGUGUAACACCCCAGGUGUUUAUCACCAUAACUACAAAGUUAAUUCCAUGGUUAAUAUGGUUGUUAGCACUAAA